AAUUUAGUAAUAACAAUUGCUCACAUAUCAACACCUUCAACAGCUCAGCAACUUCACAAUCAAAGGCGACGACUUAAACAAAGCAACAAAUUAUCGAAAGAACAAACGCCUAUGGCUGUUCUGCCCCCAGCAUUUUUAUCAUCAUCUCAACAAAUGGAAGAAGUUGAAGAAGGAAGGGAAGAAAGGGAAACAAGUAAUUUGAAUGAUGGAGUAGAUUCUAAUGUUGAUGAUCAGGCAAUAGAGAGAAUAUCUAGAUCUUUAAGAAUUGAAAAGGAUCAGGAGGAUCCAUCACGCCUUCUUAAUGUCUUUCUUCCACCAACUUCUCAAAUAAAUAAUCGCCCAAAUAGAUUUCAUCAAUUUAUUGCCAGAGUAACAGAUGUAUCUGUUGUUGACGAUCCUCGAAGUUGGGAUGUCAAUAGAACAUUUCUUGCAUCUGUUACCGAUUCAUCAGUUAUUAAUGUUCACGGCCUCAAUGCUGGCCAUAAAUAUAAAGUUGCAAUUCUUGGGAGAAGAGAAGCUGAAAGUUUAUUAAUUCGGGAAGAAGAUAUUUUGAUGGAUCCUGUUCCUUUGGAUUUUGGUAUUCCUAGUAAUUCAACAUCCAUUCUUGAUACAUUCAGGAUUGAGUAUCACCAAUUAGACCCUCUCAAACGUUUUCCUAUACUUGACAUUCACGAUCUACAAGAACAACGUGAAGUAGAGCUUUAUAUUGGAAAUUUAUCCCCAGGAAGAGAUUACGAAAUUUCUGUAACUUCUUUGAGGGAAGAACUGCCAAGUGUGCCUUGGAAAGGAAUUGUUACAACACGUCCUCUAAAACCCGAAAAUCUUAAUGUUAUUGAAAUUAAUUCUUCGUGUGUUCUUCUUCAAUGGCAAUUACCUAUUGAAUCGGGUGCUGAUCGGUUUAAAAUAGCUUAUGGACUGUUACAUGGUGCACAAGCUAUGUUAAAGUUAGAGGUAUUAUACCCCAAACAACAAAUACCUCUUUGCCAACAAAUUUUACCCGGCAGAGCUUUCAUUUUUGCUGUAAUAGCAGAAAAAUCAAGGCAAAUAUCUGAACCUUCAACUACCUCACAUACAAUUAAACCUUUGGCUCCAAAAGAUUUGGUUGUAGAGCCUGACUUUGAAAGAAAAUGUCAAAUUUCUGUUCAAUCUGAGGAUCAAAAUGGGAGAAGUGAACAAGCUAUUGUUCCAGCUAAAAACGGACAGAUUUGUGAAGUUUAUUUCGAUUUAUUACCCGGUAGGAGAUAUGAAUUUGCUGCAACGGCUUUAAGUGGAUCAUCUGCUUUUAGUACUAGAAUGUUGAGAAAUAGGGCUGUUGAACCAGGCUUUGAUUUUGCUUCUUUUGGAUUAAAUUUGAGAGUAUACCCAAUGAAUUUAUGGAAGAAAAUUAAAUUUAUUUUUAAGGAAACACCAAAUAAUGUCAGCAAUUCUUUAGUUCUUGAAUGGCCACAAAGUGAAGUAGCUCGUUUGAGGAUUGCUGACCUUUGGGCCCGUAUUGUAGGACGUGACUCUCAUUUACAUUUUUCUAUUCAACCUUUUGACAAUCCCGGCCCAACUAUUCAACGGGAAACGGGCCCGACAGAGCCGUCUCCAUUAGUUAUUGAUGGUUUACAUGAGGGGGAAUGUUAUAAAGUUCUUUUGUACACUGUUACAUCAUCUGGAAUAGUUUCUGAACGUCGUUUCGAACAAUUUAUUCGAAAAAAUGCUCCUCAAUUAGAUUUAGCCGUUGGGCAUCUUAGUUCUAGAGCUGCAACAAUCCAAACUUUCUAUGUUUCUGGAACUUCUACAUUAUUUGCUAAUGAUAAUCAAAACAACAACAUUAGAACCUCCAAGAAAGAAAAACUAAAAAUUUCCCCCCAAUGCCAACUUCAAAUACAAGUUGUCGACUCCCUAACUUCUCAACUUAUUGUUGAACGUAUUUUGACAUUAUCUUCUAAUGAACAAAAUUUACAAGAAUUAUCUACUUCUCAAUUACCUUCUCUUUCUUUGGAUAAUCUUAAACCUUGGCGAAAAUAUGUUGUUAAUGGAGAGGUAAUUUGUGGUGCCCAAAAUCGACAUUCUUCUCCAUGUACCCCAAAAAUGCACAGAUUAACUCAAGUAGAAUUUCGUACAGAAUCUGCCCAGCCCGGACCUAUUUUAAAUUUUACUGUUCGCCCAUUAAAUUCGUAUUCUGCUCAAUUAAAAUGGGAAAUACCUUCAGAACCGAAUGGACUAAUUAGUCACUAUAUUAUUCAGAUUGAACCUCAAUUAGAAAACGAUAACAACGAUUUACUUAACGAAUUUGAUAAUAUUAAACCCUGGACAGAGAAAGUUAUUGUUCAAGAACAAAAUAAAAAAUUAAAUGAAGAAUUUAAACAAAAAGAAUUUAUUGAAAAAAUUUUGGAUAGAUUGAAGGGGGGACAUAAAUAUUUACUUCAAGUUUGGGCUGUAAAUGAAGCUGGGCAGGGAAGGGGAAGUGAACAAUUUAGUGUACAUCAACCUAUUUCUGGUAAAUUAAAAUUUUAUUUUUAA